ACGCAUUCUACAUCACACGACACGCCACCAGCAAAGCCAUUAUAACCACGAAUAAACCGGAAAGUUGGGCAUUUCUCAAGUUGUGCUCAGAUCGAUCAGUCGCGCAGUACACCACUACUCUCACCGACUCGACAAAACGUUCAACUUGUGUUCCUUAUCAAUGCACAUAUAGGGAACAGUCCAUCGGUGUGUUCUGGUGAAAAAUCUGUACUAAUCCGCAAUCAUGUCAUCCGAUAUAGAACCUUUCCCGGCGGUUGUUGAGCUAAAUGUUGGAGGCCAAGCGUACACCACGGCUUUGGGAACCUUAACAAAAGACAGGGAUUCCUUGCUAGCCGAGAUAUUUACCGGCAGAUGUGAGUCGGGUCUGGUGAGCAGAGACUCGAGAGGUAGAUACUUCAUUGAUAGGGAUGGCCAGUUGUUCAGGUACAUUCUGGAUUACCUACGGACUAAUAAGCUACUGUUACCAGAAGGUUUUACCGAGUCAUCUCGCCUGUAUGAAGAAGCAAGGUUCUAUCGUCUAGCCGGGCUCAUGAGCCUCCUUGGAUCAUCGCCUACUCCACACACGAACGCGGCGUCGAAUUCAAUAUCAAGCAAUGGUACCUCAGGCAAGGCCGCUGGGUUCCUGACCAUCGGCUACCGAGGGACCUUUGCCUUCGGUCGCGACGGCCUUGCCGAUGUAAAAUUCAGGAAAGUGUCUCGGAUCCUGGUUAGCGGGAAGGUAUCGUUGGCAAGGGAGGUCUUUGGGGACACUCUGAAUGAAAGCCGUGAUCCUGAUCGCGGUCAAAGCAGCCGUUACAGUGCCAGGUUCUACCUAAAACACAUUUACUUAGAGCAAGCCUUUGACAUGCUAGCAACCUCUGGUUUCAAAUUUAUCAGCUGCUGUGCAUCUGGGACAAGCUCGCAGGUCGGUCCAAUGGAGACCGAGGAAAGUAAAUGGCAUCAUUACAAUGAAUUUGUGUUCCAACGACCAUAAUCUUGGACAUGAUUGGAUAUUCUUCAGUCACCAAGGAACUUGAUGAACAUUAUUUAGUGUGAUACUCUGUCGGUUCAGAUUUUAUCUUCAAAAGGAAGCUCUACAUUUUUUUGUCGCAUAAUAGAUUCGACGUAUAGGAUUUGUCAGAUGGGACAGAAUAACAAUUUUGAUGAAUUUGGAGUAAUUCAAGGACAAUCUGGAUAUGGUAAUUUGUUGGUGUUAAGUAUACGCGUUUAGACUGAACAAUUUAGAAAGAUUAAACAUGUCUUUAGAAAUACCUUUGUAACAGACACAAACUUAGUCUCGUUCUCGAAACAUGACCUUUUCAGUUAUCUCAAGACGUAAAUGAUACGGAGUGUAUCACUUCGUUCUAUUAUCUCUUUGUCAGCAAGUUCUUUGUGGAAUAUUUCACCCUUGCUGUCAUGGGCAUUUCCAGUGGAUUUACUUCUUAAACCAGUGGAGAGUAGAUGUAGUAUGCCUACCCAAUGAUACGUACGAAUCCUUGGAGUGAAUUGUACAAGUAGUGUCGACAAUUUUGCAUUAUAGCCACAUUGAAUUAUUCUUUCUUAAUUUCUAUAUUCGAGGAGCUUUAUGAUUAGAUUAUAAUUGUUUUUAUAGUUCGUAAUCGUACACGCCCUACAAUAGACCGUGCCUGUAUCUACGCAUUUUACAACGUUCCAAUUGCAAUAUAAUUUGGCCUUUGGGAUAUUAUUUCGGAUUGUGUUACAAGUUAGCUAUAUCGUCAGACAUAUGCUUGAUGUCACGACAAGCCGCUACUGAUCUGGGAAAAAUAUAUCAUUAAAUUUGCAUGACACGAAUCGGAUAGCUAGGAAAAAAAUCCAUCAAGGAUAAAUUCACACCAAACGAAAGUGAAUAGUAAGAGGUUCAGCCAUGAUUAUGCUGGUAUCGAAUUUUAUGGAAAUGGAAACCGAGAGACUUCAUGCAUCGGUGAUCACGCUACAAGCUGGUCAAUGUUGUACAACACUUUAAGCUGUGUCGCAGAACGAACUUUAAGUAUGUUUUUCUUCUGUUUUAUAGUUAUCAUGACCAAUGAAUUCAAUGAGCGAAGUCAGCCAAAACGGAUGCCUAAAAUGGAAGGUAGGGUAUAUCAUUUUUAGCCCGAAUGUCCAUGGUGCCGAGUUGCCGACGCGAUCAAGCAAAUUGGAGACGAAUUAUUUGCCCCUGCAACGUGUGAAAGGGAGGAUAGAUCGCCACCAUCUUUGUGCCCCCUCCCCGCCUGUCUAUCCUAGUUCUCUGGAUGAUCGCUACCGCUUGCACCCCUGUCAAUAUACCACUUUGUGAUGAUCAAAUAAAUACAUUAAAUAUGAAUGCUUUUUCCAUACUCCUUCCAUCCCCGAGCCCAUUAUGCUCGCCAAUCAUGUUGAUCCACAACCCAGGAACCUAUAAUUACGAUGCAAUCCCUGUGUUUUCAUUCUCGGCCAGUAUGCCAACAACCCCUCGCUCCGUCGUUGCAUAUCAUCUCUCCGGUUUUCUAUGAUCAUAUUUUCUUCUUUGAUUGAUGCAAUUAACGGAAUUGCGCUAUCAAUCAGAUAGAUGCCUCCUUGUGGUGGCACGAUACAACGUUUCAUGCACCAAUUCACGAUGUAUAUAAUAAUGCCCCUGGGAAUUAUCUUCGUUGUCUAUGAAAAAAGAAAACUAUAAGAGGAAUAUAUAAAUAUAAACUGGAAAUGCUCUCUGUAAACAUGAAGAACCGAAGUAUUUAUGUGUAGACCUAUUUACUGCACUAGUUUUGGUUUCUCAGCCAUAUGUUUUUAUUUCGUAAUCAAUAUGCCUGCUGGUGUAUUGUUUAGCACGGUGGUUUAUGCCACCAUCUUCUACGCGGUAUAGUAUUUCAAUUUUAAAGGGAUGAUACAGAUUUAACAGGAAAUCGGCCCUAAAUUUGAAUUUACAGCGUGGAAACAAACUGCUCAAACCUUUCAUUGGCUUAGAUAAAAGUUACUUUAGUUUAAAGGGGACUAUGAGUAGUAUGAAAGAUUUAUGAAAUAGAUUUUACUUUAAAAAGAACCAGAAUUUCAUACUUAAUUGCUAGCAAACUAAAGUGUAAUACUUGUAAUGAUACAAUAUAGCAUCAUAGCCUUUUACAGGCGGAUCGUGUGUGCAUAUUAUGUGCAAAUAAUUUACUCGUCACUUGUUAUCUUGACAAAUACCUCUCUGUUCAAUAAGUUCUUAAUUACAAAAUAUUGUUCUAGAGUCAUUAAAAAACAGUUUAUAUUUCCCAAGUCUGUUGUAAAAAUAAAGUGCAAUUCAUUAGGAACUCUGCAAAGCUAAA